AUGGCGCAGUACGACUAUCAUCCGCGAUAUGGGAUCGAGAAUUACUCCUUUGUGAUACCCAUGGAGACAUCUUUCGAUUCGGUCGCUUCAACGUUAUGGAUGCAGGAGAAUUGGCAUCAUUCAGUGUCAUUCUCGGCCCUCUACAUUAUUUCAUUGUAUGCUGGACAAAAAGUGGGUUUUGACAAUGGCAAAUGUUACCUAAAAUUAUGAUGGAUACUAUUACUUUUUGUCAUUUGAAUAAUGUUUGUGGUAUUUCUGGAAAAAUUGCAAUAUGAUAUUUUUUAGAUCAUGGAAGGGCGCAAACCAUUUCUACUUGAGGGUCCAUUGUUCUAUUGGAACCUUUUCUUGGCAAUAUUUUCACUUUUUGGUUUCAUUCGAAUGACCCCAGAAAUGUUCUGGGCUGUUGGUUCCAACUCUUUCGAAUAUUCAAUCUGCACUGCUUCAUUUGCUCAGGGAGUUACGGGCUUCUGGACUGAAAUGUUUGCCAUGUCGAAGGUGCUUGAAUUCGUGGAUACAUGGUUUAUAGUUCUGCGGAAGAAGCCACUAAUCUUCUUGCAUUGGUAUCAUCAUGUCACCGUCCUGAUCUACACAUGGCAUGCUUAUAAAGAUCACACAGCCAGUGGGCGAUGGUUCAUCUGGAUGAAUUAUGGUGUAAGUUGAGGAUAUAAAGAGUAAGGUCGUUGUGUGUGAAGGGAUGGUAAACUUGAAUCUCCGUUUUGAAAUUUGGAUGAGACAAAAAACAUGGAUUGUGAGACACGGUUGUAAAUAAGGGUUGAUUUAAUGACAUAAAUUUCUGUUAUAAAAAGUUUAAUUGGAAGUCAAAUCGUUCAAAUCGCUAGCCGAAGUAUUGAAAUUUCUUCGAGUUGCUUUCUGGAUGACUUUUCUUCCCAAGCAACCUUUAGGGGAGCACUUUCUAGGGGCGUCUGGUGUAAAUACCUUUGGUUAGUUGUUUCAAGUUAUAAUCGCUGAUAAGUUUUAAUCAAAACUUUUUAUGAGGCCAAGUAUUGCUUAACUCGGGUGCCAUUUUCAGGUCCACGCUCUCAUGUACUCGUACUACGCUCUCCGAGCAGCCCAGAUCUCAGUCCCUCGGGUCGGAGCUAUGACCGUCACCGUCCUUCAAAUUGCCCAAAUGGUGAUGGGCGUCUAUAUUGGCUACAGAGUCUUUAACAUAAAGUCCUCGGGUCGACCUUGCCAGCAGACGGACGAGAACCUCUACUUCUCUUUCACCAUCUACUUCUCAUACUUUUUAUUAUUCUGUCACUUUUUCUACAAGGCAUAUCUAAGGCCUAACAAUCGAUACAAGGCCAAAAAGGAGGAUGGUCUCACUAAUGGAGUCAAAAAUGGCGGGCUUACGAAUGGAUUAAAGAACGGCGAAAUCAAGAAUGGACUCAAAAACGGAGUGGUUAAGAAUGGAACAGCCAAUGGAGUGGAACCAGCCGCUCAAAUAAAUGAAAAACCUUUAGGCGAUCUACGAAGGACACCUCCAACCAGACGGCGCGCUCAGAAGAUCGAAUGA